AUGCAAUACAACGCAGCCCGAUACGCCAAAAGAUAUGCUAAUUCGAGGAGGGAAAAUUCUACUGACAUGAUGGAUUUGCCCCCGGCGAAAAUAGGACUGGUUGUCGGAACUAAGGGAAGAGCAAUUAGGGCGAUUAGUGAACAAUCAGGAGCCCACGUACAUAUCGAUGGUUAUAAAGCCAUCAUCCGUGGCAGCAAGGAAGCGAUAAAAGAAGCCAGACGUCUGAUUGCUCAGAAAAUACGUCUAGCGCCCAAUGUACAACCACAUAUCGGAUAUACGGUUCUUGAAUUACCAGCAUGUGACGGGCUGCCGAAAAUCGAGUUUACGCCAUAUGACUAUGCUAGUGUUAAUAGAUAUCACAGAAAACAAUCAUACCGUGUGAAAUUUUGUAACGAUAAUGCCAAUGAAAAGGACUUUUUUGGCUCGUUUGAAGACGGUUGUGAUAGCAAUGGUCGCCUUCCUUUAUUGGCUCCACAUUCUCCAUACCAAUCACAUUCUCGACUGUUAUCAUCUUCAAACCCUUCACCUUCAUCCUCUCAAUCUUCCUCACGCAUUUUCUCCUCUUCACAUUCUCGCUCGUCAUCAGUCACAUCUGUCACUUCCUCCAAUAACACUUCCUCUUCCCUUCAACGUUCUCUAAAUACAUUAACGGAUCGCCUGGUGUCUCUGGCCAUCACCACUGAACGUUCGCCCACUCGCCGUCCUGAACGUCUUCCGGCCCAGCCAUCGGAUGCUCAAACAUUUACCAUAACGCAGUAUCUUCCGACAGUAAUCUCCGCCGUAUCUUCUCACCUCUUCAAAGUAAACCCUAAUAUAUCGAUCCAACACGAGGCACGUGUAUCGCUUUUCUUUGGGCGCGAGACGUUUUCGGAAAUUGAUCGCAUUCGCUUGGACACGAUAGAAAACUGGUGUGUUCUGAAUAGAGAUAGACAUGGAUUUCGCAGCAGUUUUCUACAUCAUGUCCCAGAUAUGGUAGAGAACCUUUCAAAGGUUCUGAAGAAAUUUGGGUUUAAGCGAAGCAUCCAAAAUAAGCGUAGUGGUAAUGUAAUCAAGAAGGGUGGACGGAAUAAUACUGAUAAUUGCGGUGAUAGCAAGAACGAAGUCGAUCAAGGAAAUCCGAUUAAGGACAACAACAUUUAUCGGGAAAACGGAAGUGUCUGUAUAAACUACGAUGAGGGAGAUGGAAUCGGAAAGAAACUCAAACUUCACUGGGAUUGCGAAAAAGGUGUCUACAAAGCGACCAAGAUGUGUGCACUAACUCGUCGAAUUGCGAUUGUCGAUAUUGUCCAUGGGACAUCCGCCCCUGAUAUUCGUUUCCUGCUCAAAACACAUGAAGAUGAAGAUAUCGAUCCAGCGAAAGUCGAGCUUAUCAGUGAGUUACAAAAGCCACCGCUAAAACUGUUUGAUGGAACUUACUUUCAAUCAAAGCAUUUGAAAGAACGGCUUAGUGUUGACUCGAUCAGGCAAAUAGUAAUGAAGCAAAAGUUUGUCAAUGACAGAUUUCAAUUAAGUAUAAUCACGAACCGGAAGGAAUCCCGAAUAUCUCCAGGCAAUCUUUCGGAGCCGGUGGAAGAGCAAACGGUUCAUCUAAAACAUCUUUCAUGGAAAUUGUAUCAAACCAACGACGAAAUACGUCAAGUUUAUGAUAGACAAUCACUUGAACAUAGUAUUAGAGAAACCGUGGCGUUCGCAAGAAAGAUUAGCAAGAUUCUUGAGGGAUAA